CGGCAUCAUUCUGCACACAUGCAUUCACUUACACGGUUCACCCAGGUGAUCGAUAGUUACGGUUCUUGUAUGAGCAGCUGAGAGCAGCAGCUGAGAGCCAUGUCAGAGUCCACUCAACGUUGUAUCGCCAAGCUGGUGACAGCAAUAAACGUCAUAUGUAUUAGGCAUGCUUUUUCAUUUCGCAUACAUUCAAAGGUAGAGUUUGCUCCAACAUCCAUCUGAAUCUGACUUCACCUGAGUGGAACUACCAGCACGCUUCGUCACACAGCGUGCCAUGUCCACCAUUAACAUCACCAACGAACGAGAAUCCUACCAAGCCGUCUUCGCCCUCGAUGUCAUCACGGCAGCCGGCGCCCUGAUCUUCCUUGGUCUGGCUUCGAGACCUACAUUCCAGCGGAUCAAACAGCGCCGCUUCACUGCACCAGGCAAGAACAGCGCGCGCGAUGGCCCACUCAAGACAACACUGGGGACGUAUCUCUUCCUCUGGCCGGCGCUCCUCUGCCUCUUCGUCGCGUACCUAUGUCGCUUCAUAUCCGAUCUCUUGAAGACUAGCGGAACGAUCGACUACGAUGCGGAUCUAGGAUGGAACGGCCGUCGCGGCUACACUCUCGCGGACAGUGACUACGCCUCUAGCAUCUCAGCGCUUUCUUUCGCCACAACGCUCGCGACCAUCUUCUUCACCGUGCUGCUGAACGGCGGCGUCUGGAUUCACUCUAGCCAUGUUCAAGAAAACGGUACAGGUAUUUCGACGCCAAAGACCUUGUCGCGUAUUUGGAACACGUUCAUCAUGCUUGCGAUGCUGGGUACCGGUGUUGCAGCUUGGGGCCUUGGUCUAGAGGCACGCGAUUUCAGCAACGGUACCUCAGGCCCGGAUGCGCUCUUGUCUUGGUCAAAUGUCAUGCACCAUGACCGUGCGACGAGGAUUACCUACAUCGUACAUGAGGCUAUUGUUGUCGCUGCGAGUCUAAGUGUUUCCAUCGAAGUGUGGAGGGAGUAUGGUACCACAAACAAGAAUGCUCAUGGUUCACCCGAACGUAACGACCUCGCUCGUUUCGCUUUCACCGUCGUGCCUCUCAUCUGACUACGCGACAUCUUCAUCAUCUACGAUAUCAUCCUACUCUAUAUCGACACCUCUGGAUGGUCAGACAGGUCUGUUUUGGCUACAACCUUCCUGCUCGUCGUUUGCAGGCAGUUUGCUAACCUAGCGAUCUUGGGUAUGGUGCUCUGGGGUGCUUGGCGAAUGGGUCGAAGUGUCAGUCUGUUCGGAGGCAGCUAUGCUUGAGUGAGAGGAUUCCACGUUGUGUGAGACAUUACGAGACUGAGGCAAUAUGACACAGUGCUUGAGACUCUCGAUCGGGGACACAGCGUAGCGGUAUGUACUUUUCUUUGUAUGAAUAGGUUUGUGGGAUAGUUAUGGUACAUAUGAGAUUGUAAUAGACUAGUA